UUGCAGUCUCUACCGCAUAGAGAGCAAAAAGGGAGGACGGUCAAGUCCUUGUGAGAGGAGACAAGACGGAACUUCACAGCGCCGGUUGGAGGUCUCAAAAGUACGGGGCGGCUGUUGCAAACCCCGACGAUGGCAGUGUUUCUCUUGCACUUCGGGCGCGUAAAGCGUCGAUUCGAAGUGUCGCUUUUUGGAAUCCGGGAGUAUGCUUUGUCCUUAUGAGAUCCGAUUUGUUCCUCGAGGUACCCCUCAACGGGUCGAGAUAGUAUACGUUGCAGCUUGCGGUAUUGCCGUCACGAGACAGCCGCGAACCUCCUUCCUUUUGCAUUUCAUGUCUUACCAAGGGUGUCCUGAGUAGUGAGUAUUGAUCGAUAAUGCCGUUUCAAAUCGUAGACAUGGCUGCGUUCGGAGGGAUGUCUGACGUAGGGAAACUGGUCCUGUUCGAGGCGGUCGCAUUUUUCAUUCUCGAAUCGCUUGUCGGGAUUGGCAGCCUGGCGCUUACGAUCGUGGGACCGACGAAAGAUGGCUUCAUCAUCCCGAGGCGCCCCGACCUUGCCGAACGUCCUUUCGGAGUCCUGCUGGACCGAAAUAAUUUCCGCCAUAUGGCGUGGUUUGGCAAAUUUAUUGGUAUUGAGCCGCGGUCGGGAGAGAAGGAGUGGCCUGCUAUGCGUGAACGUUCGACGCUCCAUGUUCGACUUGGUAGUGUGUCUCCCCCUCGAGUGAUCUCCCGACCCCUCUUUUUCCGUUUGGAGCUUGUGUUGGUGUUAUUCCGCGCCGGUCCUGGGUCGAGCAGGCUUGCCUCGGUUCGGGGGGCGCUCGCGGAACUCCCGUGGGAACGUGCGCUGAUGGAGAUCAAAUUCUCCGAGGAGAAAAAGAAUGAAUCGAAGAGCUCGCCAAAAAAGACCGGUAACUGCCCCCGCAAUGACGAAGGGGAGCUGGAGUCGUCGAGCUCUCUUGACUUUCAUGGCGACGGCACGGAUGGUUUCGCUGGCGCAUCUGACGGAGCGGGCUGCUUUCCGUGGGUCAUGAAGUUGAUAAUGUUCUCCAUGUGUCGUAAGGGCUGGAGCUGGGGGACCCAUCUCCCCGAGUGGGCAGUGAAGCUCAUGAUGCAGGAAGGCAAGGAUUUGUUAGCGCCGGCGGAUUGGACGCAAACCAAGCUCUCUAUCUGUGAACUCGUUGAUGGUAUUUGCGUGGCCGGGAAGCAGGCGUGUGCUGCAGGGCCUGCUGGGCUUGCUCCCUUCUGCCGCUUAGUGGUAACCAGAUGA